AUGAUUAAGCAGGUCUUUCACUAUGAGGACGAUGCCAGAGGAAAAAUAAAGCGUGAAAUUAUGAAGAGGAUAAGAAAGAAUUGGAAGGAUACAAGGCACAACUUGUAUCAUAAGUGUUACAAAGAAAUAAGGACUUAUGAGAAAAAUCUUGAGCAUCGCCCGAAAGGAAUAGAAGAAAAUGAAUGGAAAAAGUUCCUCGACUAUCGCCAAAAGGAAGAAACAAAGGAAGCAAUUGCGAAUGUUGAGAGGCAGGAUGAAUCCUUUAAGCACCUUUUACAAAAUGAUUCGCUAGCACAAGUUCUCAGAAAGGAGCAUCCAGGACGAGUUUGUGCCCUAAGCGCUGGACCAUGUCCCACCCAAGUCUUUGGUAACGCUGCUGGACAACCACUGGGUUCUGCAGAGCCCAAUGAAGAGUACGAGAGGAGGAUUACAGAAUUGACGGCUAAGCUAGAAGAAGAGCAGGUGAAGAGACAAUCGAUACAUGAGGUCUUGGGAUAUCUAGUCCAACAGCAAGGAGGCAUUUUGCCAGCUGAGGUUGCUGCAGAGCUAGCUUUUUUGGGUAGUACACCGGACUCAUCACGCGCAGGGCCAUCUACAUCUGGCAAUCAUGACCCGCAACAAAAAUUUUGA